AUGAGUACAAGGGAGGAGCUGGAUAACACGGGUCCGAACGCUCCAUUACUUACCCCCAACGACACCUCUUCCGACUUCAACGUCGACGAUCAUGACGAGAUUCUGGACUUCGAUCUAAGCUAUUCAGAGGGAUGGUUCAUAUGGGUUUUGACAUUUUCAGCUGGUAUAAGUGGUCUUCUUUUUGGCUAUGAUACCGGUGUUAUAUCCUCCACCCUCGUGACCAUUGGCUCUGAUCUAUCUAAUCGACCGUUGACAACACUUGACGAGAGUCUUAUCACAUCAUGUACCAGUCUUUUUGCAUUGAUUGCCAGUCCAUUCACGGGUGUUCUGGCUGAUACAUUUGGUCGUCGGAGGGUCAUCCUCGUUGCCGAUAUUCUGUUUGCGCUAGGAGCAGUGAUCCAAGCCUUCACGAGUAGAGUAUGGUGUAUGAUCAUUGGCCGCAGUAUUGUUGGCCUUGCGGUUGGCAGUGCAAGCGCUGUUACUCCACUAUACAUUGCGGAAGUGGCACCGUCGCAUGCUAGAGGUCGACUUGUUACAAUCAUGUGCCUCUUGAUCACUGGUGGCCAAGUGGUUGCAUAUAUUGUGGGUUGGUUAUUUUCCCAAACAAGUGGAGGCUGGCGCUGGAUCGUUGGUCUGGGAGCAGCGCCGGCAUUCCUCCAGUUUGCUGUUCUUUUAGCUCUACCAGAAACACCACGUUGGCUCAUCCAGGCAGGCUAUGAAUCCCAGGCUGUGGCAGUAUUGACUCGCAUCUACAAGAACUGUCCCCAGUGUGACCGGGUAGUUCAUCGAGUAUUGUGCGAUAUUAGAGGUGAAACCAUUCAGGAAACCGGGCAAAUGGACCGAGGUCAAACAUCCAGCACAAACUCGCACUGGCUCGAUGAUGUUUCACAGCGAGCACAGGACUUGCUAUACGAUGGAGGAAACAGAAGGGCACUGAUAAUUGCAAUGAUGCUCCAGGGUCUUCAACAGCUAUGUGGUUUCAAUAGCUUGAUGUACUUCUCCGGGGUCAUUUUCAAGAUGCUCUCCUUCUCAUCGCCGACUUUGACAUCCCUCACGAUUGCAGUGACCAACUUCCUAUUUACUCUUCUUGCAUUUGCAUUUAUUGAUAGGAUUGGGCGACGCCGCAUAUUACUCUAUUCAAUACCGGUGAUGAUCCUCGCACUAGGCCUUUCCGCUGUUUCCUUCUCCUCGCUGGAAAUCCCAUGGGGCUCUCGGCCUUCAGUACACGGCGGAGAGGAUGCUGAUAACCACACUACUUAUUCCUUGCUGAUCUUGUCUUGCCUGACGAUUUACACGGCAGCUUAUGCUUUUGGGCUUGGUAACGUGCCGUGGCAGCAGUCGGAGUUGUUUCCAUUGAACGUCCGGUCCUUGGGGUCAGGUAUUGCUACUGCCACGAACUGGGGUUCUAAUUUUAUUGUUGGAAUAACUUUCUUGCCCAUGAUGGAAUGGCUAUCUCCAACCUGGACAUUCGUGAUAUACGCCGGUGUAUGUGCGGUGGGGUGGGUGGCCGUCCUCAUUAUCUAUCCUGAGAUGAGCGGAUUGGGACUUGAAGAAGUAAAAGGGUUAUUAGCCAAUGGCUGGGGUGUGAAAGAGAGUCUGGAAUAG